AUGGUGCCCGGAUCUCCAACUGAGAGGGAGUUUCGAGUCUUCAUACGCAACAACGUCUUAGUUGGAAUCUCCCAACGGGAAGUCAACACGUUUUACCCGAUUCUGACCGAGAAGAAGCAUGAUAUGGAAAAGGUGAUAGACGAGUUUUAUAUGGACAAGGUGAGCAUGGGAUUUGAGUCGGAAAGUUACACGCUUGAUGUUUAUGUUCGAAAGGAUAUGAAAGUCAAGCUUUUGGAUUUCAAUCCGUGGUGUGAGAUUACGUUGCCAUUGCUGUUCACAUGGGCGGAACUGGAAUCGGAGCAGUUGAUGAGGGAACCAGAGUUUAGGAUUGUGGAGAGCCAAUUUGGGGUGAGACCGGGGUUGAAAACUGCGGUUCCAUAUGGUUAUCUGGAUACAAGUGAAGGGAGUGGUUGGGGCAUUAUUUGUGUCUUCCACUACACAUGA